UAAUCCCUAACCCCUAACCCAUAACCAUCCUUGCAGGCACUUCGUCAGAGGAAGUGGAUCUGAUUUAGGUGAUUUAGGUGAUUUAGGUGAAUUUGCUUCCGCUCCUAAAUCAGCAUUAAAUACGUGCAACAUGUAUGUCUUUCAAGAAUAAUUGUUGCGGGAGCUUUCUCGGAGCCGAGACAAUGACCUCCCGGGCAAGUGCGAGGGGACAUGACCUAUAGAUCUCUCGACAACGCACCCAUUACCUUGCAGAGUCAUUGGGGUCAUAGACGCAGGCCAUGCAACACUGAGGAGAACAUAUAGGAAUGGCAGUCGAAAUCGGAGCAAUGGAGACGAAAAAGCCGUGAUCAACUAGGAGUGAUCGCCGAGGGAACAUGACGACAACUUGAAAGCUCGACAACGGAAACUUGUAAUAGGAUGAAUCGUCUGACAUCAGCUCUGUCCGAGGCGACCAUCGGCUCGAACCCAUCCCCGACUGAGGGCAACUCGUCCCACCGGAGCCUCUACCGAGCCUCGUCCCUCGCUCCGACCGAGGUCGACCUCUCCACGGCCACCUCCAACUUGAACACACCGUUCUUAGGGGACGGUUCACCUACUCCUCGAGCGGAACCUUCUCGACAUCGAAGGAGAAACAGUCAGGAAGCGGGACCGCUGGAUUAUCUUUAUGAUGAUCCGAGGACGCCUUAUUUCGACAGUCGGACGAGGGGUCAGGUGAAUGAGGGAAGGCAUGGGUGGUUACACCCAUUGCCUGGGAGCAGUACUUCCACAUCGGUGUUGUAUCAACAUCAGAGGGAAAACCGGGCGAACUCGAAUCGAACGACAGGGUUAGGCUUCGGGGAAUCUGGUAGUUUGGGCGACUUACCUACCCAUUCGUCAAGAGAAGGAGAUAGAGACAGUCCGGCUCAGGUUCAGCUUCACCAUCAAAAUCAUCGAGCUUCGACGUACAGCCUGAACGACCCGGUAUCAUACCAGCCGUCUUCUAACUCUACGAGGUUUUCUUCCUCUUCUUCCCCCCACUUCCCUACAUCCACCUCGACUUCGAUCUCACCGGUAACGGGGCCCUCACAACAUCCUCAUAUACAACCCCAACUCCAGUCUCAGGCGAUGAGACGUUCCGAACCAGAUCGAUUCGUCAAAGCGCUCAUAACCGCCCGACCGCAACCUCACCUGACUUCUUCGUUCUCAACCGCGAACGCGUCCCCGGGGUCUCCGUUGCAACAAUCGCAGUCUCAAUCCCAAUUGCAAUUGCAGUUGGGAAGUGGGCAGGGGAAGAGGCUCGGUCGGACGGCAGGCUCUGCGGGUUCGUUAGCUCUGGGAGGGAAUGGGGUCGGUAGUGGUGGUGCCGGGAACGGCAGCGGGGGAAGUGGGGCAGGGGGAGCAGGAGGAAAGGGGAUCGGAUUGAAGACUAUGGCUAGGGGACCUGACGGGCAGGUUGUGGUCGCCGGGAACGAAUCGCUGAGGAUCCUCUCAGUUACUCCUCCGAAUGUUGAACCUAGAGGAAGUAAUGUCGCCUUCUCCGCUUCGUCCUCGUCAAACCUCAAAUCUGCGAAAUCGCAAUCUUCGUCAUCCGCCCCGAUCCGCCUAGGUUCAGGUCCGGGCGGGUACAAGAUCGACCAGAUCCUAGACCUUUGGAAAGGAGUCACUCUGGGCGGGGUUGGGAGAGGAGGCAGGAGUGGGGGCAGUGGUGGAGGAGCGGGGAGGACGAUUAAUGGGGUCGAUUGGGGUGUAGGAGAUGCGAGCAGGAAGAUCUUGACGGCUUGUUCGAACGGGAAUUUUAUGAUCUUUGAUGUCGAGCAAGGUAGACUCGAAAGGGAAGUUCAGGCUUAUACAAGGAGCAUGUUGGCCUUGACCAUCAACAAGGUGCCGGGGCAUGGGCAUCUGGUAUUGACCGCCGGAGUCGAAGGUCUCGCUAAACUUUGGGACCUACGUCAAUCCUCGAACAAGGUCCCGAUCGUCUCGAUCCGUCAUCCUUCAUCUAUCUUUUCCGUCACUUUCGCCCCGCCUGGUCUCGACUCGACCUCAACAGCCAAUGCAUAUUUUCUAGGCUUAGAAAACGGGUCGAUCUACCGGUACGAUCGGCGAAUGGGCACUCGGAGUCUAUAUCGUAUGACCGCUGCGCAUAAGAACAAGUCGGUCAUGGCCCUGGACUGGAAGGAGGGUGUAGAAGGCGACGGCAAUACCGGGAGCGGCGGAUGGCUGGCAAGUGCCGGCUUGGACAAGACGGUCAAGAUCUGGGAUCUGAGCCCUCCUGACGGUCCCAGUGCGCCCGUUCAUACGCUUCACACGCCUUAUCCUGUACGAAGGAUUGGGUGGCGACCGGGACACGAGACAGAGAUCGCGGUGCUCUCUUCGCCGGAUACCCCUGUAACCAAGCGACCACAAUCGAUGACCGACAUGGUCGCCGCCGCAGCCAGCGACAUGGAAGAGGUAGAAGAUACGACAGUGCUCGAAGAGUCACGGCUGGAAAUCUGGGACGUCCGUAGAGGACACCUUUCCAAAUACCUACUUGGCAAAGCGCCCCGACAUACUGAAGCUGGAGGUGGUGCAGUCACGGAGAUCUCGUGGGCUGACGGCGGCGCCAUACAGUCGACCUAUUCGAAUGGCGCUUUCGUACAACACGAUAUCCGGCAGCACUUCAGGCCACUGGAUCAUCUGCCGAAGCAAGUUGUUGCGUGGAGUUCGCGAGGAGAGUCGACUGUAGCUUUGGAUCGCUUCUCAAAGGGAGAAAUUCCGUUCGAUGAUGUCAAGGAGGAAUACCACCAACAUGCUCAUAACGUCGGCGCACAUCGCAAAACCCUUGCAGACAGACCUUUCCAGACGCGACAGGCCUGCAGUACAACAAUCCUGCCGUUUCAUGACCCUGAGGCAUUCAGGUACCUCGCUGCGCAAUACAGGCAUGCCGGUAUCGGGCUAAGGGAGCAAUCGGCGACGUGCGCUUGGAACACAGCUGUGGCGGAAGAGGUGGAACAUCGACAAGCAGUCCACUUGUGGAAUUUGUUGGCGAUCCUGCUCGAGACGGAAGCGGAAUGUGCCAAACAACGCACAGAUCUGGCUCUGAAUUCGGAUGCGAUGAAAGAAGUACAGGAGCUGUCUCAACAGAUGCUCGGGAAACAGCAAAUUCGACUUCCAAGCUCGGCCAAAUCGAUGCCGGAUCGUAUAGACGUGGUUGAUCCGCUGCGUACACCUGGGUUGACGGCUCUGAAAGCCUUUAUACCCUUGGAGAUACCCCCGACUCCAGUAGCCGCUGAACUGCCACUACCGUCAUCAGCAAACACGGGAACCGGCGGGGGGUCUUCCGGAACAGCUACCCCUCCAGCGAACCUAUCCCUAUCGGUACAACGCGGUGGAAGCUUGCACCCAACCCAGAUCGAGGAGAUCAGAAACAAGCUGUUGCAAGGUGCACAAUCUUUACCGCCCGAACCUGUCCGCUUGCUUCCUCAGCGCGAGGAUGGCGAUUCGGACUCAGACGAGCAGGAAGAACGUCUCUCGAGCAGUAUUUUGGCCUCGACCUUGACCAGGAAAUCACGGCCGCAGUUUAUGAGCCCACCGGUUAACGGCGAAGGGAAUUCCCUUCGACGGGUAUCACCAGCGCAUAUGCUACGGCUAGACCGGCGCCGGUCUAGCGGUUUGAGCAUUCCAGAUCAAAUGAAACGGAGGCUGGCUGGAAGAGCGGAGCACAACACGCAAAGUUUGGACGAACCUGCUCGAUCACGGUCGCUUGCGGUGGAGAAAGGACUCCAAACACUGCGCUGGAUGCUGAGCCAAGCGCUGCAAACCGCUUUAGUCGAGCACCUUCCUCAUUCGACGUCGACCGGGAUCAGCAAACGCGUAUUAUCGAGGCUUACAUCGAGCUCUUGGACCGACAUCGACUUGCCGUGGUCUCUGCAGAUAUCCGAUCACGGCUUGAGGAACUCAAACACUUGACGCUGGUGGAGACACUGAUCUAUAUUCGAUGCGGACGUUGUCGCAAGGCGAAAGAACCAGAUCCCUCUUUAAGAGCAGCAACAACCGCAUGGUAUUGCGCUUCCUGCAAACAAG